ACACACGCGCACACACACACACACACAUAUAUAUAUAUAUAUGCACACGAAUGCAAUUAAUUAAACAAACACACUCGAUUUGAGCUCUUUGAGUUUCAUGCAGUUCUCAGACGGGACUUUGAUCAAACAAGAAGCGAACUGUCCACGCGGCGGAGGAGAUGGCGGAGGGCGGAGGCGGGGGCAAGUACAGGGGCGUGCGCAAGCGAAAAUGGGGGAAAUACGUCUCCGAGAUACGCCUACCCAACAGCCGGGAACGGAUAUGGCUCGGCUCCUACGGCACACCGGAGAAGGCGGCUCGGGCCUUCGACGCCGCCCUCUUCUGCCUACGCGGCCGCACCGCCAAGUUCAACUUCCCAGACGACCCGCCUGACAUCCCGGGCGGGGAGUCGCUGUCCCCGCCCGAGAUUCAGGUCGUGGCUCAGCGCUACGCGAAUAGUUGGGGAGCUGGCCCGCAGGCGGCAACGGGGGGCGGAGGAGACGGUGGGUUUCGGGCUCGGGCCUCGGAAGAUUCCGCGACGGUGGACUUGAUUGAUGGGUCGUUUUGGGAAAUGGUGGACAAUGCGGGCUGCGUUGCGGAUUUCGGGCUUUUUGUGGAGCCCGGUGAAAUGUAUAUGGAUCCAUAUUAUGAAACUAGGGUUUAUGAAGAUGAGGACGAGUGCUAUGAUCAUCGGCUUUGGAAUUUCUAAGAAAUGUGAAGCUUUUUCUUUUUACAAACAACAAAAAGAAAUGUGAAGGUCUUCGUAUUCGAUUUUGUAUUAUAUGUAGUAUGGUUAUAUAGUGCACACAUGUACAAUUUUUGUAUGGAAUCAAAAUAAAUACAAUUAUUCAUCAUAUAUGUUGC